GGACGCCAAUUGCCAACAAACAGUCAUGCCACCACGGGUGCGAGCUGUCCGACUCGCCUCGUCGCUGAUAUUGUCGCCCUCACGUUCAUGUACCACACCGCUAGCCAGCGCCUUCGUGCUGCCCGCCCAGCAGCGCUGCGCCUCGAUUCUUUCUUCGCUGUCCGACAACGCCGGGGCCUACAAUAAAAAGAUCCGCCGAGGUCGGGGUCCUGCCUCAGGAAAAGGAAAGACGGCAGGACGAGGUCAGAAGGGACAACACGCACACGGCAAAGUGCCCGCUGGAUUUGAGGGAGGUCAGACACCACAAUGGAUCACGAAUCCCGAGCGAGGGCGGGGGAAGCACAAUCCGUUCAAGGUGGAGAUGUCGCCAAUUAAUCUGGACCGGAUACAAAGCUGGAUUGACCAGGGACGGCUGGAUCCGAAGAAGCCCAUUACUAUGAAGGAAUUGGCAAAGUCACGGUGUUUGCAUGGCGUAAAGAGACACGGCGUGAAGCUGUUGGCAAGGAAUCCCGAGCAACUCACCACGCCCAUCCACAUCGUCGUCUCUCGGGCAUCCAGCGAAGCCAUUGAGCGCAUCGAAGCCCUCGGCGGUAGCGUAACUACCCGCUUCUACUCGCCCACAGCCAUCAAGCGCGUGCUACGCGGGGAAUCGCACCCGACAAUUUCGCUGCAAGCUUCGCCCACCCUCGUUGCGCUGACCAGCCGCUCCUCCGCCGUCAAAAUCCCAUCUCCCAUUCUCUCGGCGCUGCAAACCGCCGCCGACGAAAAGAAGACCGAGGCCAUGGCCGCAGUCAUGAAGCAAGUCGGCGCAAAAUAUAAGUACAGAUUGCCUGAUGCAACGGCAAGAAAGGAUAUCGAGUACUACCGUGACCCAGCGCAUAGAGGGUACCUGAACUACACACUCAAGCAAGGCGAGAGCCCCAGUCUGUUCUUCAAGCCACCAGGUGAGGCGAAAGAUAAGAAGAAGCAGACCGCAAGACGCGAUGCCGCCAAGGCUAGUGCCGACAAUAGGUUAUUCUAGUCUAAGGCAGAUAUCGCUGCGGGUUGUAGAAUAUAAUGUACAUGAUAUGCACUUUGCUCGACCGCCAUUAUCGAAAGAAAAAAACAAGACAAGUGACGUUUAGUACCCCUUUUGCCACCAGGAGAUAUACAUCUUACCUUACCCAGCUUUCUUCAUACUGUGUACAUUUACUCCCAACCCAUCCAUAUUUCAAAGAUUCAAACCGUUGAAUCAGCUGAAUCAGCUGAAUACUCUCUCUCUCUCCCUUACUUACACUUUUACCCCUUUUAUUUACCCCCAAUCUAUCCCAGCAAAUUAAAAAUAUUGGAAAUAAAAAUAGUCACCCCUUUUCGGCCAAUUCUUUCC